UGUAAUAUGUAUGAGGCGCACAGGUUCUCUGGCAGCCGGAUAUAGUCCUGGAAACGAGGCUUGGAAUGCAAGCUGUUUUCCCGGAGCUGUGAGGCGUCCUGACGAUUACUAUAUGUGUUACUAUGGUAGUUACUGAAGAUGGAGUCGUGCCGUGGGGUGUGAUAUGUGAGAUCCUGAUGUUUACUCUCCUCUCUCUCGUUGUCCAUUCACGGAAUCGCUUCACUGUCAUAACAGCAGCUCUCAUUCCCACAACUCCAGGAGAAACACGAUGGCUAGAAGUGGGAUAAGAAGUUCAGCUCUGGCCAGGGCAGAAGCUCAGCUUUCUGGUCAGAGGGUCCCUAUGAAAUCUAAGGAUUCUAAAGAUGAACUGCAGGAAUACAUGCGUGCGCUCAGCAGCAAAACGAGCGCGUUAAAACUAGCACAACCAUCAAUUGCUAACCUAAGCGAUUUAUCGGCUUCAGAACAAGAAAGUGAAAAGUAUAAAGGUACUGUUGGCCCUCAACAGUCAACGGGAACCCAAAGCCGUUUUUUAAAGAAAAAAAACCCAGCCAGUAAAGAUACUCAAAGCAAUGUCAAACCAGCAAGUGUGGUGGCAAAGCCACAACCUAUGCAGUCAAAGAUGCCAACCAGUGCAGCACUGAAGAGACUAGCAGAAUUUGAGAACAGACAUCGAAUGAGAAAAGUAGAACUGGACAUCUCUGAGAAUGAUUCUGACCUGAGGACUUCGGAGGAAAGACCAUUCUCCAACAGGUCAAGUAGUGAACUCAGCUUCCGAGGGAACAGGUUUUUGAAGAAAAAGGUCAAUAUAAAGGAACCAGAGCCCGUGGAACAGAUCAGGACACCUUCUGUCAGGGGUAGCUCAGCAGAUAAGCGGCAAGUUGCAGAGAGUGAGGAGGAAGAAAUGCUCCAGCUGGUUGGAAGUUCGGUGGAGUUUUCAGAAGCCGAUGAGAAGUGGUUGAAAAUGCCGAAACCACCUAGAUCUCCCUCACCACCCAGCAGAUUAACACCACGCAGAAACCUGCAUCGGAGUCCUUCAGCUCUUGGCUAUUUCUCUCCACGCCGUCCUCCUUCUCGUUUUUCUUCCAGAACUCCCUCUCCUCCUAGUUAUGGAACUCCGAGAUACCCAAGAAGAACACACUCCUUAAUUCGAUUUGGAUCACGAUCUCCUUCACCAUCUGUGAGAAGUUCCUUGACAAGCAACUCUCCAAGGCCAAGACUGGGGAGACGUAGUAGAACUCCUCUCUCCCAGAGAAGCAACUUUAAAUCCCUCGAUGAGCUAUUUUCGAGAGCAGAUGAUCUCAGUAGUUCAAGUUCCAAUGAUUUCAAACUGAAUAUAUUGAGCUUGGAUGAACUGGCACCUGCUGCAGGAACGGAAGAACUUGAAGAAAAGGUAAAGAUACGCAUUAGCUCGUUGCCUAUGAAGUCGGCAAAUGAAAAACCUAAGGAACGCAAGCAAGCACCCAUUACCGACCAUCGAGAGCCCUCACAUAGACAUAAAGAUGCAAAGACAUUCAUGAGACAGAAGUCCAGCUCUGACGAAGAAUCUGCUCCUGAAGUGCAUACAGAAACAAAUAAGUCGGACGUGUCUAAGCAUCGUCACAAAGAUAGCUCUAGUUCUGAGCAGUACAGUCAAGAGCGACCUGAUGAAACUACUAUCCAUUCCGCCUAUUCUGAGGAUUUUGAAGAUUCUGUACCCUCUGACAAUGAACUCCGUUCCAGCUCUUACUCAUAUUCCCUCCCUAAAUCCAUAUCCUCUGAUUCCAGCCUCUCCUCUAGCCAUUCUUAUCCUCAGCCUAGCCAAUCAAAACGGAAAGAACAGUCCCAUAUAACACACAGACUUGUUUUACGAGAAACUUCUGUGCAGACAAAUGAUGCUGAAUUUGCAUACAGCUGGCCACAAGCAACCAUUGGCUUUGGACCUCUUGCUCCCUCCAUUGCUGUGGAGCCAGCUUCAGUAGUGAGCCAUGUGGUGAGCCCUGAGUUAAUUGAAGCUUUGACCACAUACAAUCCAAUGGCUCUAGCACUGAAUGACAUGUUGAAACAGCAGCUGCUUCUUACUCGGGGUUUUGUGGACAUGGCUCGACAGCUGUACCUCUCCACUGUGAAAUCUCUGGAGAGUGAGUCUUAUCAAUAUACCACGCUGGAGGACACUAAGAAGUACAUAAAACAGCACAAGUCUCAUAAAUGGAGAGAUGAACAGAGAGAAGAAAUAAAUAGAAUCGGAGACCACAAGCAAUCAUCUGGAGAAUGUGGCAGCAAUUAACCUUGCCUACAAUUAUCAAACAAGCCCAGCUAAUUCAAAUAUGCAAGUAUAUGAAUGAACUGUGUAUGUGGAAGUUGUUCUACUGUGUAAAGCAACUGCUAUUUUUAAACCUUUUGGUAUACGAUUGAAUACACACCCAUAUUUGUUAGAUUGGCAAAAAAUGUUAGUCUCCACAUAAUGAUAUGCCAAAAACCCUGUGAACAGCUGUGAAUUAAGUUAUAAAUAAAUCUACAAUUAUUUGUAUUUA